AUGGUAAAUACGAAAUAUAUCAUUUCAAAUACUAUUGCAAUAUCACAAUCAAUUCCAAGUAAAUUUAAGAAACUUCUAGUUCCUGGGAGAAUUCAUCAUAUUCUAGUGACUGGAAAUCUGUGUACAAAAGAAUCCUUUGAUUAUUUAAAAAGUCUAGCAAGUGACGUUCACGUCGUCCGUGGAGAUUUUGAUGAUAAUUUAAGCUACCCAGAACAAAAAGUAGUGACUGUUGGACAAUUCAGGAUUGGUCUUUGUCAUGGUCAUCAGAUUGUUCCUUGGGGAAGUCCCGAUGCAUUAGCUUUGAUUCAGCGACAACUCGACGUUGACAUUCUUAUCAGUGGCCACACUCACAAAUUUGAAGCCUACGAACAUGAGAACAAAUUCUACAUAAAUCCUGGAUCAGCGACUGGUGCAUUUAGUGCUUUAGAUACAAAUAUCAUUCCAUCAUUUGUUCUCAUGGACAUUCAAAGCUCAACUGUCGUAACUUAUGUGUACCAACUUGACCUGGCGACACAAGAGGUGAAAGUUGAAAGGAUUGAAUAUAAAAAAUGA